GCAGCAACGUCCGCCCUGACGCCGUGACGACUCGAGGAGGAAGCACCUGGACGCCUCUGAGUCUGAGCCCGCGCGCCCGACCGCCGGAGAUUCGCAACUCUGACCCGCCACAUCCAUGAACCUUGGCCGCCGCGAGGCACGACGAAGCCGGAGCACGACGGCAUAACAAUAAAAUCGCGGGAGCGCCCGGCCGCCUUCGAAUCGAUUCCUUCCCCCCAACGCCAUGUCCUCCCCCUGCGUCUCGCACCACCACCAGGUCCGCCUCCGCGCCGGCGGCCGCCUCCCAGCCCCAGCCGCGGCCUCGUUCGCGCCGCCCGCCGCGCUACGCGGGCGGCGCCGGGUGGCACGCGCCGCGAUGAGCGCCGAGGCGCGCCCGGGCGUCGCGCCGGCGGAGGAGGGGGCCGCGACGCCGGGGCAGCAGCAGGCCCUGCUGGCGGAGAUGGUGGAGAAUGCCGCCGUGUGGUGCGCCGUCCACGGGCUUGUCGUCGGAGAUCGCGCCAAUCAGAGAUCAGGAACGGUCCCUGGGGUUGGCCUGGUUCACGCUCCAUUCUCACUGCUUCCAGCGCGUUUUCCAGCAUCGUUCUGGAAGCAAGCAUGCGAGCUGGCUCCUAUCUUCAAUGAGCUCGUGGAUCGUGUCAGCUUGGAUGGGGAGUUCCUGCAAGCUGCUUUGUCUAGAACAAAGCAGGUUGAUGAAUUUACCGCAAGGCUGCUACAAAUUCAUGAGAAGAUGAUGCCAAUAAAUAAGAAAGAGGAUAUACGCUUAGGAUUGCACCGAUCGGAUUAUAUGCUGGAUUCUGAAACCAAUUCACUACUUCAAAUUGAGCUCAACACUAUUUCAUCAUCCUUUCCUGGCCUUGGCUCCCUUGUCAGUGAACUUCACAGGACCUUACUGAACCAGUAUGGAAAAAUAUUAGGCCUAGAUCCUAAAAGGAUUCCACAGAAUUGGGCAGCCACUCAAUUUGCUGAAGCACUGGGCAAAGCAUGGGCUGAGUAUAACAAUGACAGUGCUGUUGUUUUGAUGGUUGUUCAACCUGAAGAAAGGAAUAUGUACGACCAGUACUGGCUUGUCAAUCAUCUGAAGGAAUCAUAUGGUGUGGCAACUAUAAGGAAAACAUUGGCACAAGUAGAGGCUGAAGGGCAGGUUCUUACAGAUGGAACACUUGUGAUAGAUGGUCGGACAGUGGCUGUUGUGUAUUUCAGAGCUGGGUAUGCACCGACUGAUUACCCUUCAGAAGUGGAGUGGAGAGCGAGGCUUCUGAUGGAACAAUCAUCUGCAAUAAAGUGCCCUUCGAUAUCCUACCAUUUAGUAGGAACAAAAAAGAUCCAGCAAGAACUAGCAAAACCUAAUGUUCUUGAAAGAUUUCUUGACAACAAGGAGGACAUUGCCAAACUACGCAAGAGUUUUGCAGGGUUAUGGAGCUUGGAUAAUGAAGAGAUUGUGAAAUCUGCAAUAGAGAAACCUGAUCUGUUUGUCUUGAAGCCUCAGCGAGAAGGCGGAGGGAACAACAUAUAUGGUCAUGAUUUGCGAGACACGCUGAUCAAACUCCAGAAGGAACAGGGGGAGUCACUUGCAGCGUACAUACUGAUGCAGAGGAUUUUUCCAAAAGCCUCUCUUACUCCUCUAGUUAGAGGUGGUGAUUGGUUUGAGGACCUUACAAUCUCGGAGCUAGGAAUAUAUGGAGCCUACUUGCGGAACAAAGAUAAGGUGAUCUUGAAUAAUCAGUCUGGCUACUUGAUGCGCACCAAAGUUUCUUCUUCAAAUGAGGGUGGCGUUGCUGCAGGGUUUGCUGUGUUGGACAGUGUUCUCCUCACUGAUGAGUGAGACAGCAAGGUGGCAGAGUUAUGAGUAACACACCUGACCUGAAUUGUUGACAGUACCCACAGUCAAACGAUCGUGAUGUCAGAUUGGACAUCAAUUGAUCUCGGCUGCAAUUGUAGGGAAAACUGUGAAUAGCUUACAGAAUAACAGACAAUGGCUGACGGAGAAGACGGCUGUGUCAUGUUGUGAUAAUAGUUUCAUGUAUUUUUUUUAUGGUGGUUAAAAAUGUAGGGGAAAAAACCCCAUGUUGUCAGAGAAAACCCUGGAAGAGAAAGAGGACGCAGUGUCGUCACAGUGGCAUGCAUGCAUUCAUAAUUCAUAUAGGAAUAGCAGAGCACGUUGUGCUACCAACAGUGCAGCAGAGCCUGACGUUUGUUUUGAACUGUUGAUAAAGAUUAUGGAUCUUCUGGACGUAAUUGUGAAGUUGUACUUUGUUAA